AUGGCCAACUACCCUAUCCUAGUCAACCUCAUUAUAGCACUUUCUUAUGCUAUCCCCAUUCUAAUCGCCGUAGCCUUUCUAACCCUAGUAGAACGCAAAAUCUUAAGCUACAUGCAGGGUCGAAAAGGCCCUAAUGUUGUAGGCCCUUUCGGGCUCCUACAACCCGUAGCAGAUGGAGUAAAACUGUUCAUCAAAGAGCCAAUCCGCCCAUCAACAUCCUCCCCAAUCCUGUUUAUUACUACCCCAAUGCUGGCCCUCUUACUAGCAAUUACUAUCUGGACCCCACUUCCAAUCCCAUUUCCCCUCGCAGACAUAAACCUUGGGCUACUAUUCAUACUAGCCAUGUCAAGUCUAGCAGUAUACUCCAUCCUAUGAUCUGGAUGAGCCUCCAACUCAAAAUAUGCCCUAAUCGGGUCCCUACGGGCAGUAGCCCAAACAAUUUCAUAUGAGGUCACCCUAGCAAUUAUCCUACUAUCCAUUAUCCUUCUUAGCGGAAAUUACACCCUAAGCACCCUAGCAGUCGUCCAAGAGCCCCUAUUUCUGAUCUUCUCUUGCUGACCUCUCGCCAUAAUAUGAUAUGUGUCUACACUAGCCGAAACAAACCGCGCUCCAUUCGACCUCACAGAAGGAGAAUCAGAACUAGUUUCAGGGUUCAACGUAGAAUAUGCUGCAGGGCCAUUCGCCUUAUUUUUCCUAGCAGAAUACGCAAACAUCAUACUUAUAAAUACACUAACCGUAAUCCUAUUCUUCAACCCUAGCCUAUACAACCCACCCCAAGAACUUUUCCCUGUUAUCCUAGCCACAAAAGUCCUUCUUCUAUCCAUAGGGUUCCUAUGAAUCCGUGCCUCCUACCCACGAUUCCGAUACGACCAACUAAUACACUUACUAUGAAAAAAUUUCCUACCAUUAGCACUCGCCCUAUGUCUGUGACACAUUAGCAUGCCAAUUUCCUAUGCAGGCCUACCUCCAUACCUAAGG